CCUUCCACUUCUGUGAAGAGAGCUGCACAUUGUACCUGGAAGCCACAUCUCAUCACACCUGCCUGCACUCUCACUGCCAGGGAACUUUCAGACUCAAGCAAGCCUUUACGGUCUUAGGCGACGUGGUAUGACUUUGAAUUGCAGAGUACUGGACUGCCGAGUUACAACUCUGGGGGAGGAUAUGUACACAAGCUGCAUUUAGAACCUGCAAGAGAGAAGAUCUAACGCUUUACCGCUUUUGACUAACGCUCCUGCCACUGAGAUCCGUGCCACUCGCUGUAAGAUGGAACACAAUCUCUGAGCCAUCAUCAAGCUUGUGCUACGAUCCCCUCAGUUAUCCUGACUGACUUUCACCUAAGUCGCCACCCCUACCUCAAGAUGCCUUUGAAGACAUCACUAUACCUGAAGUCGAACACACUGCGUUCCAGGAAGUCAAAGCGCAGGGAGCCGCUGUCUGUCAACAUGAUCAGCCAACCACUUGGUGACUUCCGUCACCUUUCCCACAUCGGGAUGGACUCCCAUGGCGAUGCCUUCGGUGACCUCUCCUUCCUGAAAAGAGUGAACAGCCUGCCCAACGAGUCUCAGCUCAACAAACUGGGGCUGGACCCAGACAACGUCCCACCGCCACCUAAACCCCCCCGCCUCGAAUCUGGGGAAGACGCAGAGCCCCAGGGUCGCCACGGUAACCAGAGGCACAAGAAGUGCCACUCACUGCCUCUGCUGGACAGUAUCGAGGCAGAUGAGCUGUCCUUGGUGGAAGAUCAGCCAGGCUUCAUGGCUGAAAGGGAGGCGGAGCCCACUCAGGAUCCUCCCCCAGAGCUCCCUGCUCCUGAGGACGACCCCCCCUUCUCUCUCAAUCUGGACCUAGGCCCCUCCAUCCUGGAUGAUGUCCUGAGGGUGAUGGACAAACUCAGCCAGUGAUGCUAUCUCUGGUUUCUUACCUACACUAGGUGGUGGGCUUAUUUCUCAGUUGCCAGGAUACAGUAGCCAUAGUGUGCAAUUCUCCUUAUCCAUACUUUUGUAUGAUCUGUGCUUGAUCCUAAUGUGAACCACUGUUGGCUGGCUGAGAGGAAUGAUGUGAGACACUAUUUGCUGGCUGUAGUGAUGCAAGCCACUAUUGGCUGGCUAUUUGGAGUGAUAUGAACUAUAGUGUUGGCUGGCUGAGUGGCAAGGGAGUAUUCUUUCCUGUUUCCAAAAGCAUCCUGUCAAUAUUUGACCUCUCUUGGGGAACUCUCAAAUUUCCACCUGGAUCACCAUCGCAAGAUAAUCACAUGACACACUGAGAUAUGCACAGUGAAAAAUAAGUUUUGAGAGUGUUUAUGUGGACAUACAUGUGUGGUGAUUGUCACACACAAUGUUUGGACUGCAGCUUUAAAGACUGUAGAAGAGGUCAGAGACAGCCACUCUCAUGAUAGUAACCAAUUUUAGAUUUAAAACAUGGAUUUAUCACGGAGAUACCAGGAACAGCUAAUGCUCUUAUUGAUGGAAUCUAAAACUGUACAUUAAAACACAAUAAUAUGACAGCAAUGCCAAUUUGUGUUGUUCCUCUUAAAACCUUCCACGGGGACUAGAAUGAGGAUGUUUAAGUACUGUAAGCUAACAGUUGAGCCUUUAUGUAGUUCCUUCAAAAUAUUUUUUCAUACACAGCUUAAGGGUGGUAAAGAGUAGAAAUGCCAAACAAUAUUAACAGUGUUCAAAUGGCACUAUUUGAAACCCAGGAGGUCAACAUAAGCUAGACCAUGGUUAAUUAAUGAACCAGCUUAUGUCACUAAUGACUUCACUGAGCAAAAAUACCACCGCAGGUAAGACAUGAACUUUACCCUGUUAAAACAUACCCCUUCCUGCUAUCCUAUUAAAUGAUUGUUCCAAAGGUUCAAAGACAAACCCUCUGUACAAAUAGGUGCCUGUAUAUGCAAUCAAGCCAUUUCAGUGCUUUGAUUAUAACUGUAUGUGUCAAGGUUCAACAUUUUUUAGUUUCUUAGGUACAGGGGGACAUUUCAAUGUAAUACUCCUUGGGAACAUAUUAAAAGUAAAUGUGCCACUGAUAUGAA